CUCCUCCCAAACCCAUCCGACGUUGUCAGAGCAGGAAAAAAUAAGCGAUGGGUGUUGCCUCAGACUGACGGGUCCAAACAGAGAUUAUUGUUUAAAUGGACUGGGGGCCGCGCUGCGACUCGCCACAUCCACCCACUUUACGUCAGAAAGGGAAGCCAGUGUGUUUCCUCCCCUUCUUUAUUCCAACCAGCUCCAGUCUGCAGAAGAAGUCGGAGGAGAUCCACGCUGUCGCCAUGAAGUCCAUCAGGGUUUUCAUCCUGCUGCUGCUGGGAUCAGCCGCACCAGUUUCAUCAUCUGGGGCAUCCACAACAUCUCCAGUGAACACGACUGCUGAUCUGUCACAUGAAUCAAAUCCAGAGGAUCCCGGACAAAUGACAAAAAGUCCAACAACAGCCUCAUCUUUAACAGCUACCAUCACAUCAACUCUGUUGACAACCACACCUGUUCCCAAAGACUCCACCACUAAACAAAAUGAUCUUACAUCUUCAACGAAUACGAUGACUUCUCAACCACCCAGCCAGAACAGGACAAACAACAAUCAAACCACCAACCAAAUUUUGACCGCUCCAAGUUUGAAACCCAGUUCCCCGCCUAAAACAAACGACACAAAAGCGACUGAAGAUUCGACUGUCUCCACUGAUGCCACAGCAGCAAAUAACAUGAGCGGGAACAGAGAACAGAAAUCCAGUGAAAGGCAAGAAAAGGAAGCAGCUGAGCAGAAAGCUGCAGGUUCAGACAAACGGCUGUGGUGGCUUCUUCUGCCUGCUGCCCUGGUUGUAGGUGUCGCCGCUCUUUUCUUGAAAUUCAAAAGUAAGAAGGUCCACGAUCACACAGAAACGAUCGACACCGGAACUGAGAAUGCAUCGUUCCAGAGCAGGCCGGAGAGCAGCAAAGAUGGAGUCAUGCUCCUGGGAGUGAAGUCAUCGGGCGGCGAAGAAAAUGCAGCUGCCAGAUAAGGAGAGGAAAGUCUACUUCUGCACCCCCAACGUACUGCUGAUCUGAAGCCAACGACUGAUUUUGGUUCUUAAUUUGUGGAAAUACUUUUGCAAAGUAGGGAAAUCUCUGCAAAAUGUAAUUUCACACAUAGAAAGAGCAAGUUGUGCUUUACAACAAGGACUAUGAGGUUCUAAGCAUGUUUUGGUGGAUUUUCCUCAUGAGAAACUAGCAAUAAAAUUAAUUUUGGCUAUGUUCACAUUGCAGCCCCAAGUUACCCAAACCCGACUUUUGUCGAAUCAGAUUUUUUAUUUUUUAUUUUUGGCAUGGUUGUUCACUUCCAAAUAUAUGCGACCUGUAUGUGUGCUCCGGUGUGAACCGUAAACGAAAGUGUCCCGCAUGCGCAGUAGAGGGCGCAAUAACGUCACAGAGCGUGCUCAGUGUUUUGCCAACCGCCAUAAAAAAACCCGGAGUGCUCAGCAUUUGCGGAAGUAAACGUGGAUGCUAACGGUGGAGAAUAGCUUGCGAUUCUGAAGUUAUCCAACCGGAGCAACUUAAUUCUCAUUAUUGUCCGUCAUGGUUGUUGUUUUUCUUCCCGCUUGCGCGUAUCAGGACGCUGAAUCUGUCAACCUUUGUCGAGUAUCAGUGACGUUCAGGAUCUGGCUGUUAGGAUUCAGGUCACAUUUGAAAAGAUCGGUAGAUAUCCAAGUGGUCUGGGUCGCAUUCGAAAAAAAUCCAAUCUGUGUUGUUCAGACUGCCAUAUAAAUACCAUAUACAGGUCGCAUUAAGGCAAAAAGAAAUAAAAAUUUAUAAAAAAUUAACUUGGGUCACUUCGGACUGCAGUGUGAACGCAGCCUUAAUUGUCUACAAUGGAUGAGUAUACGUUUAAAAGUGGUUUUGUUUUCUUGUGAAAUGUAAUAUAAGCUUAAAAUUUAUAUCUUAAAUAAACUAGGAUUCGUCAAAGAUUUUUUUUAAAUACCCCUUCACCCAAACACGUUCAUAUAUUGUUUUUACCCAUAUAUUGUUUUUACCCGGAUUUGUUCAUUUUUUAAAGUGCACAUAACAAACAGCGCCUCCUACAGGUCACACUGUGUCUGAUUAUGAUGCAUGUUAAGGAUGAGGAUAAACAGACACGUUUUUGUCUUAAACUAAAUUCUAAAAGAAUAAAAGCUUGCAUUUCAUCCCAAUGUUUUGUAUUUAAAGACAAACACUAAAUAACCCAUGCUUGCUUUGUGUUGUUUUUGUUUACUGGUUUCUGAUAAGAACAUCCACCAUGAUCUCCACAAAAAGCAAAUCUUACAUUAGGAAAUGAUGGUUUAUAAUCUUAACAUUUAAAAUGACUAUUAUUGCUGUAAAGCUAACUUCUGUCUGCUGUGAAGUUCAGUCCACAAACACAUUUUCCCUACAGUGCACUUACCUCAGAAUCCUCACCUGUUUAAUGAAAUAAAUCACUUUUUUGUUCAGCCUUUUAUGUUUUUGCUCUUGAUUUAUCUCUGCUGGGAUUUUUUGUUAUUAUUCUAGGUGUGUUUUAUUUUGGUGUAAUUGUACUUUCCUCAAUUUUGAUGGAGAAAUGUUGCUGAAUUUUUCUUCAAGAAUCAGCAUGAAAUAACACAAUUAUUGUAUUUACUUUCAAACUGCUGGAACUGCUUUGUGCUUUAUGUCAUGAACUAUCGGCCACAGUUUCAUCAAUAAAAGUUUGGAUAAUGGUU